ACCAGGAAGGAACUCCUCAUUUCAGAGAAAACAAAACUGAUCUCUCUCUCUCUCUCUCUCUCUCUCUCUCUGUGAGUUCAGGAAAAUGGCUGAAGCCAGUAUUUCAGUAGCUCAGGACCAGUUCAUGUGUCCAGUGUGUCUGGAUCUCCUGAAGGAUCCGGUGACUAUCCUCUGUGGUCACAGUUUCUGUAAGGUGUGCAUUAAUGGCUGCUGGGAUCAGGAGGAUCAGAAGGGCGUCUACAGCUGUCCUCAGUGCAGAGACACUUUCACGACAAGGCCUGUUCUACGCAGAAACAACAUGCUGGAUGAAGUGGUGGAGAAACUGAAGAAGACUGAACUCCAAGCUGCUUCUCCUGCUCACUGUUACGCUGGACCUGGAGAUGUGGAGUGUGAUUUCUGCACCGGGAGAAAACACAAAGCCGUCAAGUCCUGUCUGAUUUGUUUGACUUCAUUUUGUAAAACUCAUCUGAAACCUCAUGUUGAACUUCCUGCUUUGAACAAACACACGUUAAUCGAAGCCUCAGCAAAACUCCAAGAGAAGAUCUGCUCUGAACAUAACAAGCUGAUUGAGAUCUACUGUCGUACUGAUCAAACCUGCAUCUGUUAUUUGUGUACGAUGGAUCAUCACAAAGGUCACGACACAGUCACAGCCGCAGCAGAAAGAGCUGAGAAACUGAGUGAGUUAAAGGAGGAGCAGAUGAAAUCCCAGCAGAGAAUCCAGGAGAAGCAGAAGAAGGUGCAGGAGCUGAAACAGGCUGUGAACACUAUAAAGCUCAGUGCACAGACAGCAGUGGAGGACAGUGAGAGGAUCUUUACUGAGCUGAUCAGCUCCAUGGAGAAAAAGCGCUGGGAGGUGACGGAGCUGAUCAGAGAUCAGGAGAAGGCUGAACUGAGUCGAGCUGAACGACUCCUGGAGCAACUGGAGCAGGAGAUUGCUGAUCUUCAGAGGAGAGUCACUGAGCUGGAGCAGCUUUCACACACACACGAUCACAUCCAUUUCCUCCAGGUUUUAGCUUCUGGACGUUGCUCUCCUACGAUCACCAGACCAUCAUUUCACACUUCCAGCAUCACUGUCCAUCAACAUCUCUCAUUUGAUGGAGUGAGGAAUUCUCUCUCAGAUCUGAAAAAGAGACUCGAGGAAUUCUGUGAGGAGGAAUUCAACAAAAUCCCUCCACAUGCUGCAGCAGUUCAGAUCAUUUCAGGACCAGAACCACAGAGCAGAGAAGAGUUUCUGAAAUAUUUCUGUUAUCUGACUCUGGAUCCCAACACGGCACAUCGUCGCCUCAUUCUGUCUGAGAAGAACAGAGCGGUGAGAUGCAGUGGGAAAGCGCAGCGUUACUCUGAUCAUCCAGAGAGAUUUGGUUCCUGGGAGCAGGUGCUGUGUAAGGAGAGUGUGUGUGGACGCUGUUACUGGGAGGUGGAGUGGAGCACUGCUGCUGGUGUUGUGUCCAUAUCAGUCUCAUAUAAAGACAUCAGAAGGAAAGGAGAGGGUAAUGAGUGUGUGUUUGGACACAACAAUCAGUCCUGGAGUCUGCUGUGUUCUUCUUCUUCGCUCUCUUUCUGGCACAACAACAUUAAGACUGAUCUCAGAGUUCCAUCAGCCUCCAGAAUAGGAGUGUAUGUGGAUCACAGUGCAGGAACUCUGUCCUUCUACAGCGUCUCUGACACGAUGAAGCUCCUCCACAGAGUCCACACCACAUUCACUCAGACUCUAUACGCUGGGUUUGGGUUCAGGUUCUGGGUUUCUGGUUCUACAGUGAGAUUGUGUGAUCCAGAAUAAAAGUGUGGAGUGUUUUCUGUAAAA